AUGGAGCAGCAGCUGCGCGCGCUGAGGCAGCAUGUCCUCGUCGCGUCUUCCUCCUCCUCCUCGGCAGCGGCGAUGGCCGCCGGCGCCCUGGAGGGCGUGGCGCGCGUGUACGAGGAGCACGCGGAGUCGCUGGCGCGGUCGGCCGCGCGCGCCGACCGGGUGGAGGACGAGCUGGAGGCCUCCGUGGCGCUGCUGGACGCGUGCGCCGCGGCGCGGGACGUGCUGGGCGCCAUGCGCGCGCGCGCGGUCGCCGCUGAGGCGGCCGCGCGGCGCCUGGACGGGGCGGCGGCUGACGGCGCCGCGCGCGCGUACGCGCGCCUGGCGAAGAGGGCGUGCGCGGACGCCAGGAGGCAGCGCCGCCGCGCCGGCUCGAGCUCGAUCGCGAUGCCGCCGUCGGCCGAGGCCGAGCUGGACGGGGGCCACGCGCUGCAGGAGGCGCGGCGGCUCACCGUCGCCGUCCUUGAGCGCGUCGUGGUGGCGCUGUCCCGGCGUGUGCCCGCGGUCGGCGGCGGCGGGCCGCGUCGGUCGGCGUCGGCGAGCAGCUGGUCCACGUGCGUCGCCAGGGCGUUCCGGAAGAGCGCCCGGGUGGCGUGCGAGGACGACGCCGGUGACAUGCUGACCACUUCCUCCUUGUCGUCCAAGGACUCGCACGACGGCGAGGCGGCGCUGCGGGCGCAGCGAGACCUCAGACCACUGGUCGACACGAUCCGACAGCUGGAGGACGGGCUUGAGCUGCUGUUCAGGCGCCUGGUGCAGUGCAGGGUGUGUUUGCUGAACACGCGCAGCUUUUAG